AAUUUCCGCCAUAGCUCUACUUCCGUGUUUGCUAAAUCUGGUUCACGCUUUGAGCAUCCUUGAUGCUUGGAUUCAGACCAAGUGUGGACCAACCUGUACUGACACACAACUACAGUACAUAUAUGAGUCUGCAUUUGUAAAAAAUCAUGGCCAUGUCUCAGAAGGAGGCGAAAGAAGCAUUUGUCAGUCAUCUCAAUGGGACGAGUCUACAGGAAGUGGCAGUGGGCUCAUUUCUCAGCCCACUGUGCAUCCUCAAGCGAGCGCUCAUUUUGAUCCUCUACCAUCAAGUCAUGGGGAGUCUCCCUCUGCCCUUUCCGCAGAUUUCUCACCUGCUUCUCGAUUUCUUCGUGCUGGUCCUCCCCCUCGUCCUAUCGUGCACCGUCCUGAGUGACCACCUUCUCCAGGUGGUUUUGAGCUUCACCUUUUUUUUGUUUUGUGGGCUUUGUUACAUCUACCUGAGUAGCCGGCAAACCUCUCUCAGCACCUUCCUCAACAGGACUGUUCAUUUCAAACAGGUUCCCUUUGUGACCAUCUUUAGAGUGAUGGUGAAUGUACAAACCGCUAUCAGUAUUCUGGCUGUAGACUUUAGGGUCUUUCCAAGGCGAUAUGCCAAAACAGAAUCUUAUGGAACAGGCGUAAUGGACUUUGGUGUUGGAGCGUUCAUCUUCGCAAAUGGUCUGGUGUGCCCAGAAGCACGUGGGAAGAAUGUUUACGGCUCCAAGAUGAAACACGUCACCAGACAGCUCGUGUCUGUGUGGCCUCUGGUUGUUCUCGGCGCAGCACGACUCGUCUUUGUCAAAAUGAGCGACUACCAAGAACAUGUGACUGAAUACGGCGUCCACUGGAAUUUUUUCUUCACGUUGGCCCUCGUGAGGGUUCUGACAUCCAUAAUUUUGGUUGUUGUACCAGCAAGACACUCGUGGAUCUCGGCUCUCGUCGUAAGUGGUGUUUAUCAAUAUGCUCUGGAGACGACAGGCCUCAAGGCUUUCAUCAUGCACAACAAUGACAGAGAGAAAGACUUGCUGCAUGCUAACAAGGAGGGCAUAUUCUCUAUCGCAGGCUACGUUGCCAUCUACAUGGCAGGAGUUCAGGCAGGCUGUUACGUGAUGCAGCCAAGAUCACAUGUCAGAGACUGGCUCAAAGCAGUUUUGAACCUCCUAAUUGUAACUCUCACACUGUUUGCUGCUUUGUGCACGUGCCAGACCUUUGUGGAGCCAGCGUCUCGCCGCUUAGCGAAUCUACCUUUCUGCCUCUGGAGUGUUGCUCAAUCCCUCUUUUUUCUAUCAUGUUUUGGCUCAGUUGAUUUGAUUGUACUCUUUUCCAAAACAACAUCAGGCUGUCACUUUGUACCAUCAUCAUGGAAUUCAUAUUCAGGCCUCCACAAAAAGAAAGAUGAGAUGGAAGGAUUGUGCCUUGUUCAAGGCAUCAACAAGAAUCAGUUGUUAUUUUUUCUGCUCUCCAAUGUCUUGACAGGUUUGACUAACGCGUUAGUCGACACACUUAAUUGCAGUGAUUUCUUUUCUGUGUGUGUCCUGCUGUCUUACAUGUUCACAAACUGCACCAUUAUAUAUGUUUUGCUCCUCUGUGGAAUUACAAUCAAAUUUUGGUAAAGAAACUGUUUUAUUAAUGCCAGUAAAUUGUGUUGAUUUACAAUGUACUUUGGAAAAAUGAAUGGCUUUUCCCUGCCGUGGCUGGAGGAAGGCCAGAUCAGGCCUGCUCAAUCCAGUGCAUCCGGCAUUUACGUCAUCAGGAGUCCUGGAACAUUUGUUGGAUGAAUUCAGCUGUUUUCCUCAAAACGACUUAGUUCAAAUUAGGUUUUUUUUCAUUUUUCACUCAUUUUGUACAUGCAUUUUUGUCUCAAUAAAUAAGUGGUUAGUU